UCGACGCAUCCUAUAUGCUUCUUUAUUUGGGUCACAAGUUCACAACAAUAUAAAUAAGCAAACUAGGCUAAACAUUUUCAAUUCCAUCACAACACAAAAAGAUGAUCAAGAUCAUGAGGCUCUUUGCAACAGUAGUGGUAGUUACAAUGCUUCUUGCAUCUGGUCUUGCCCAAGCUAGGACCGAGCCUUUUCAAACUGACUCUAAUCUAAUCCAUAUACCACCACACUUCCCAACCGAACCAAUUCCUCCUAACAAACCACACCAGGAUGCAAAGAUAUCAGUGGAGCAGUUUCCGAUCCCAGUUCCAGGAACUUGUCCUCCGGGCUUCCCUGGAUGCCCACCAGCAAAGAUAUCAGUGGAGCAGUUCCCGAUCCCAGUUCCAGGACCUUGUCCUCCGGGCUUCCCUGGAUGCCCACCAGCAAGGUCUUAAAACUAUACAAAUGCAUGAAAACAUAAAAAACAUGUGUUGUAUUAUUAUGCUUUUCUAUCAUAAAUUUAUAUAUUAUAAUAAAAUGUGUUUACUUUGAUUUUAAUUACAAGUGUUUAGAUUUUACUUUGACCAUGAAUUAGAACUUUCUUGUAUACCAAACAAAGUAAAACUGACAAUUAAUUACCAAGUCGAAUCAUAAACGAAUUAUCCAAACUAAAAUUGAAUCGAAAUCUUUCUUCUAUACUUACUGUUUGGUGCACUUUUUAGAAGUAUCUAGCCUUACUUGAGCAUACACACGGGAAAAAAAAAGACUAAGGAACUAUUGUCUCUGGCCUUGAUGUUUGUGUAAGAUCCUUGAGUGACAUAAACUGGAUACAUGAGGUAUUCAGCAAUAGAAACAUCAUAUGUUACCUCUAGACCUUCUCUGUUUCAGAUAUAUACACAAAUAACAAUAGGUUUUGUUUGAUUUUAAUUAAAAUCUUCAUCAUUUUAAGGUUCACAACAAACCUUUCACAAGCUCGAAGCCUCUCUUCUACAGCUCAGGUUUGAUCACCUAUAAAGAGAAAUCAUACACAGAAGUCUGCGGCCACAUACGCUACUUCUAAUACUAAACUGCACGCUGUUUUAGCACCGUCUGGACGGGAUACUUAAUAAUACGCAAACGCCGCACCGUUUCUUUUAAAUGACCCUUAUACUUACGAAUGUUUAUACAUUUACCCCAGAUAAAUAGUUUUAUUCAAUAACACCCCAACCUCGAUUAAACUCUAAUUUUCAGUGAGCU